UGCCUUUCUAAUGUCAUUUUACGUAGUUCGUGUCCGAAUAAAUACUACGAAACGGAAGUUGCGAUGAACCGGAAGCGUUAUCGGAACUGAGGUUUUUUUGAAUCGUUUACUUUCUGCUUCGCAGCUCCAGCGGCGUUGAUUGAAAAAAUAUUACAAAUAUUAUAUUGAAAAAUCACGAUGUGCGCCGCGGAAUCACCGAGGAUAAUGGAUUUGGACACGGCGUACAUCGAACCCCUGAUUAAGGAAUGGCUGCAACACGUGCACGAGGACAGUGCAAGACAGGAGCAAAUAUUUGUGGAAGGAAGCGAAUUCUUCAUUCCAUACAUGGCUGUUCCUGUACCGGUGAUGAAAACAAUAUUUGUAAUAACCGAACACCUUGGUCUGGGUCCAAACACCAGAUACUUGACGGUUCAUCUCUUCGAUAGAUUCAUGUGUAACCAAUUUUGCGAGUUGUACGUUGCCGAAAUGGUAUCAACUACAAGCGAGGUUGCCUGGCCAAAGAUAUGCAAAACUAUUUCCAGCGAAGCCAAAUUGAGGCUUAUGUCCUGCAUGCAAUUGGCAAGCAAGAUGGACUCGAAUUCCAAAAGUCUAAACAUUUCACAGGUAUUGCGUGUGCUGCAAUGGCUAGACGACAAAUCUGAAUACACUACAAAUAGUAUAUAUUGUUCAGAAUUCAGUGUAUACAAAGCUGUAGAUUUUAAAAUACCAUUAUUCACUCCGCUACAUUGUGUUGAAAUACUUCUUGCUGCGACGAAGCUCGGACAGACACCUGAAAUAUAUGAUGUAUGUGUUAAUUUGCUGGAUUUAGCAUAUUUGGAGCACGACAGGAUAUAUUCAUGUCUUGAAUUUGUAAUAAGGAAAAGAUUCGCAGAGUCGCAAAUUGACCCAGGGUACAUCAUGGCCCUUGAAAGCAAUGUGCUGUAUUUAGGAGCUGCAGUGGUUCUUUGUGCCACAUUUAUUCUCUCUGUAGAAAACUCUGAGACUGAACGUUUGGUUCAGAUGCUCUCCAAUCAAGUUGGAAUUACAGUCACUAAUAUUUGGGAAAUGGCUAAUUUACUCUUCACCAUGUCAGUGCAGGAGGAUAUCCCAGAAUAAUAAGUAAUGUAUAAUUCCAAUCAGCUGUUAUCACAUAAUGACUAAUUAUCUGUAGCCAAGAAGACUAACAUUUUUUUUUAUGC